AUGUUCAACCGUAUCAGGCAAUACUUAUCCAACUCAUGGAGCUCCCACGUUCGGAUGAAACACAAAACAGAUUUCUUCUACAUCCUUAACUUUUACCUAUCGAUUGCCGGAGUCUACUUCCCAGUGAAAAACCACAUGUUCAGGCUCACCUGGAAGGUGUUCUGCGUUCUGGUGAUCCUGCACUACGCAACGAUGCAGCGUCGGCUGUUGCAAAUCCUUCAAACGGAACAGUCCUUUGAACUACUCGUCAACGGGAUCCACGUGGCCGGAGGAGCGACCAUCAUACUGGUGCGAUCUCUGCUGAUUCAUGUCAAUUUCCCGCACUUCAACCAGGCGAGGAAGUAUCUCAACGAGAGAAGUUUUCGAGAGGAAGACCCGGACGUGGCGCGGAUUCGUCAGCAGUCGUACGAACUGUCGGUUAAGGUGACCAUCAUCUUUAGCAUCAACGUAUUAUCUCAGUUCGUCAUCCUUAUUGGCAGUGGAAUCACAGAAAUGGACCCAUUUCUGCUCCCAUUCAGUGUGAAGCAGUUCAGUUUGUUUGAGCAGAAGCUGUAUAGCAAUGUGUACUCUGGUUUGUUCACAGUCUACAGCUUCAUCGGGGCUUCAAACUUCCUGACGAUGUAUUUGGGAUUGGUUGGACUACGCGCUGAGUUGAGAAUCGCCGUUGAUUCCUUCGGGAAGGUGAUGGACCGAGUGAACAAUAGACUUGAGAAUGACCCUGGUGAGCAAAACUUCUGGAAGUUUCUGCAGGACGAGCUGAACUCCUGCAUCGAACACCACAGCACAGUCCUCAAUCAGCUAAAAGUCUUCAAGAAUCUGACCAGCAUGUCACUGCUCGUCUCCUACUACAUGACGAUGGCACACACCGCCAUCGGAGUGAUCCACGUGCUCUCCAAACCUUCGCUGGACUUCUUGUCCGUCCUAGCGAUCGACUUCACACUGCGAUACCUGCUCGAGUUUUACGUGUUCUGUCACAUGGUCACCUCGCUGAACGAAGAACACUCCAAGAUCGGUCUGCUGUUGUCACACCAGCCGUGGAUCUCCCAGCUGCGAAUCGAGUCAAAGUACCGCAGUCAAUAUCGGCAGAUUCGUGCGACGAUCUUGAAUGUGAUGAUUCAGUCACAGCGCAGUUUGAACAUCAGUUGCGGUGGGAUUUUCGAGCUGACCAUGGACAAGUUUACCACUUUGAUCAAAACGUCAUACACGCUGAUGGCGGUGGUGUGGAACAUGCAGCAAGGGAAUGGCCUAAGUUGGUGA